AUGUCCGAAUUUGUUAAUCCUCUCAGUUACGAUCCCCAGGAUUGGUAUUCCAUCUUUUGUAGGGUAAGGUUGUAUGUUGUUGUAGAGAUAUUGGUACUAGUUUGGCCAAAAAUACUAUUUAUGAGUUUCUCUUGAUUCUUAUAUUUGUGUACUUAUUUUUGGCCGAACUAGUACAUUUAUAAUAACACUUUCAUUUCCUUAAUUUUUUCUUUUUCCCUUUUUAUUAUGUUUAAAAUAAUUGAUUAAUAAACUAACGAGUAUUGUAGCUGGACCAUGACAAUGAUGGUUUAAUUCCUGUUGAAGUGGUUAGAUCGGCCGUUUUACAAAAUGCAGCGUUAUUAGGGCUUUUGAAACAUGAAGCCGAAUCCAUUUUACGGGAUGUAGACUCAAAUUUCGACACUUAUGUGGACUUUAGCGAGUUUUCAGCCAUGGUAAGUUUAGAACAUUCCUUGCUUGUACAAUAUUUUUAAAAAAUAUGUUUUAUCUUCAAAUUUAUGCAAUAACUUUUUACGAUUAAUAUAACCAACUCUUAAGAUGGCGAAAGCCAAAAGUCUGUACGUAAAACGAUUGACCAUCUAUGCCGCUCGCUCGGUCUUGGCUAAAUCCCAACAACCCAGUGCAGUACAGUACCUCUCUCACUAUAAUUGUUUUCCUCCGCCUUUAUUUAUGUUCAUGAUCUCGUUAAUACAAGUGGCAAUUUAUCUUUAUUACGCUCUCGAGUCGGACGUUGGCAUUUCACCUGUUGGACCCGUGCCCAUCAAAUCACCGUUCAUAUUGGACCCAAAUCACAAAGAACAAAUAUGGAGGUUUCUGACGUAUAUGUUCAUUCAUAUCGGGUAAGGUUCAACUUUCUAUCUUUUGUUAUAUAUUACUUCUACGUUUGUUAAUUCAUGUGUUUUUGCAUUUUCAAUUUUGGCUAUAUAUUGCUCUUUUCAGGUACACACACAUAUUAAGCAAUGUUGUUGUACAAAUACUGCUUGGAAUACCUCUUGAACUGGUUCAUAAACUGUGGAGAGUCGCUGGUGUUUACUUAUUAGGCGUAGUGACAGGAUCGUUACUAGUAAUGGCUAUAGAUCCUAACGUGUAUCUUGGAGGUGCUUCUGGAGGUGUCUAUGCUUUGCUAUCAGCUCAUCUUUCAAAUGUCAUAAUCAAUUGGGACGAGAUGGAGUUCAACUGGGUACGAGCGAUCAUUAUCAUGAUUGUAGUUACUAUCGAUUGUGGAAGUGCGCUGUACCAGAGGUAUUUCGUGGAAACUUUUAACCGGGUAAGGAAGACAUCAAUAAAAAUGAUAUUUUAAAUGAAAAAAUUGUUUAGCUAUAAGUCAAAACUACGCUUUUACCGUGCUAACACCAUAGUUUUAGGUAUCAUACGUUUCCCAUAUCGGCGGCUUCAUAGGAGGCCUAUUACUAGGUGUGGUACUACUCAGAAACCUCAAACUCAGACGAUGGGAGGUUUACGCGUGGUGGUUCUGUCUGGUCGCCUAUAUCAUGCUCGUUUCCGUUUGCACAGUAAUAAUUUACGCUCCCGGAUUAUAUGCCAAAUAA